AUGGAUUUCACCUACCAUGGUUCAGGCAACAGCUCUCUGGACAUUCUGCUGGCUCUACUGCAAGCUGAGGGAGCCAAGAUAGAAGAGGAGACUGAGAACAUGGCAGACUCGUUUCUGGAUGGAGAGCUGCCUCUGGACUGCUUUAUCGAUGACUAUCAGCGAAGGCGCCAUCUUGCUCACGUGCGCCGUGUAAAGAUUGACAAACUCCGCGAGCUGGUGCUGAAGGGUCUCACUAGACCCCAGCAGACCCCUACCCAGCCCAGUCGACCCCAGGACUUCCCCUCUACCCCCUACACCAAUGGAGCCUUCUCCCCCCAAUCUACGCAAGCUGCCCCUCCUCCCUCCCCUCAGCAGAGCGGCCUGUCAUACCAAGUCGCCCCCUAUCCCGCCAUGCCUUUCCCCAGCCAGGAUCCUCCAGGCUACCCCAGCAGCCCCUACAUUCCCCAGCCCUACCCUCAAGCCCCCCAGCAACACCCCACCUCCCCAUGCCUGCCCCCCCGAACUGGCUUCAUCAUGCAGUGAGGGGGGUCUGUCUCCAUAGAAACACCAUGGAUGAUGACCUUAUCUACCUUUGACCCAACAAUGAGUGUUGGUGACUUAACCAAUGACAGUCCCUGUCAGUAACACAGGGAAAACUCCUGACUGACAGACUCUGUCCAGUAGCUACAGCCUGGGGGUUGAUUCUCUUAGGUUUUUAUUCUAAGACUUUCUGAUUAAUCUGAAGACAUAUGAAAACUUAACUCUCUGACUGGUAUUUAUAUGCUGUGUAGAUGAGAUGUAGUUUUUGUAGACUGAAGGUGGUGUCUUCCUGUACACACACUUGAGUAUGCGUGAAGUUGUGUGUAACCCCAAAGGUCAGGACAGGUGGUGUGAUAGUUGACCCUAAAGUUCCUAUUCGUCUAAAGGGAGGAGUCCGGUAUUGUCACAACUAUAGCUAGUCCAUCAACCCUGAACAGAACUACUCAAAUUGAUUUCAAUUCAAUAUGUAUUGUAAUCUAGGUGCUUUCCUAUUCAUUGGUGGAGGUUCUUUCCAGUAGGUCGGGAGGAUGCAAGGCUAGGAAUAUACUAUGCUGUUUUACAAGGGAUGGAUUUGAAUGACCUGCCAAAGAUGUUCUCAUCUUACCUACUGACUUGGCACUUUGUUUUAGUGAUUGUUUUGUAUAAGAGGUAGUUAUACCCCACCUAACUGGAAGAUGGAUAUUGAAAAUAACCAUGCAUCCUAAAUUAAUGUUAAACUGGCUUUCUUGUGAAGCCAGUCAGUUGCCAUGUGGGGAAAAGAGAUCUACAGCUGGCUGUACAUCUACAGUUUGCUUUCCCCAUUUGUGCUCACUUCAAGGAAAACACAUGGGGGUUCAAAAAUUAGAUGGUGCAGGAAACAUUUAAAAUAUGAACUAUAGUAGUCCCUGGUACUGUACAUCUGAUCUACACUCCCUAGGAACAAACAUUCAUGUUGUAAUGCUAGACUGACAGGUUGACUUUAAUCCAAAUCAAUAAAUGUUUUAUAACCAAUA